GCAAUUGGAGUCUCUUUCCGCCCCGGGGACUUCUUUUUUGCUUUCUUUUGACUUUCUGCUUUGAGGGUCAGGAUCCUGGGAUCACCUUUCUCAGUGAGACAAGAAGCAACAAAAAACAAAAAAAAUGACUGAGAAGGUCCGUGAAUCUGAGGCUUCCUCGGCCACCCAGGCGGAAUAUGGCCCCGAGGCCAUCGACAAGGCCGCUCCGCCGCGUCGCCAUGCCCAUUGGGGGGCCGAUCCCGCCGCCGAGCAGCAGAUCAUAGAUUCCCUCGAAAAGGCCCAGGCGGAGGACGAACGCGAUGAUGGCAAGAUCGAGAUCACCGAGGAGGAGUGCUACGAGCAGCUCGGCUACUCCUUUCCCUCGUGGAAGAAGUGGAUGAUCCUCACCGUCAUCUUCAUGGUCCAGGUCUCCAUGAACUUCAACACCUCGCUCUACUCCAAUGCCCUCGGCGGCAUCUCGGAGGAGUUCAAUGUCAGCAUGCAGGCCGCCCGCUGCGGUGCCAUGAUCUUCCUCGUCCUCUACGCCUUUGGCUGUGAGCUGUGGGCGCCCUGGAGUGAGGAGCUGGGCCGCAAGCCCAUCCUCCAGGCCAGUUUGUUCCUCGUCAAUAUCUGGCAGCUGCCCGUCGCCCUGGCCCCCAACUUUGCCUCCAUCAUGGUCGGCCGUGCCCUCGGCGGUCUGUCCUCGGCCGGAGGUUCAGUCACCCUGGGUAUGAUUGCGGAUAUGUGGGAGUCGGACACCCAGCAGUAUGCCGUCGCCUUCGUCGUCUUCUCCUCCGUCGGUGGUUCCGUGCUGGGACCCGUCAUCGGUGGUUUCAUCGAGAAAUUCCUGCCCUGGCGGUGGUGUAUCUGGAUUCAGCUGAUCUUCGGCGGGUUCGUCCAGCUGCUGCACUUCGUCCUGGUGCCCGAGACCCGUUCCACCGUCCUGAUGGACCGCAUCGCCAAGAAGAAGCGCAAGAGCGGCGAGAACCCCAACCUCUACGGUCCCAACGAGCUGGUGCCCCUGUCGGAGCGCCUGUCGGUCCACGAGAUUCUGGUUACCUUCAUCCGUCCCUUCAAGAUGUUCCUGACGGAGCCCAUCGUGCUGACCCUGUCGCUGCUCUCUGGGUUCUCCGACGCCCUCAUCUUCAUGUUCAUCCAGUCCUUCUCGCUGGUGUACAGCCAGUGGGGCUUUGGCACCAUCGCCCUGGGUCUGUCGUUCAUUCCCAUCCUGGUCGGUUACUUCAUCGCCUGGUUCUCCUUCAUCCCCGCCAUCAAGCGCAACAUCAAGGAGCGCGCCGCCAAGCCCGACGACGAGCGGGCCCAGUACGAGUCCCGACUGUGGUGGCUGCUCUACACGGCCCCGUGUCUGCCCAUCGGUCUGAUCGGUUUCGCCUGGACCAGCCUGGGACCUCCCGUCCACUGGAUCGGUAGCAUGAUUUUCUCUGCCAUUGUCGGCAUUGCCAACUACAGUAUCUACAUGGCUACCAUCGACUACAUGGUCUGUGCCUAUGGUCCCUACUCGGCCUCCGCCACCGGCGGUAACGGAUGGGCCCGUGAUUUCUUGGCCGGUGUCUUGACCAUUCCGGCCACACCUUUCUUCCAGAACAUUGGUGGCGAGCAUCAUCUUGAAUAUGCCUCGACGAUCCUCUUCUGUAUCUCUUUCCUCCUCGUGUUGGCUGUCUACGUGAUCUACUGGAAGGGACCUGUGCUGCGAAAGCGCUCUCCCUUCGCCCAGCAGCUGGAUGACGCUCGCCAGCAGACGGCGGCCGAGGUGUCUGGCGAUCCCAGCCGUCCUGUCCGCCCUGCCGCUCUGCGCGCCCACUCCUUUGCCCGUUCCGCCCAGGACCUGCGCAUUCGCCAGGCCAUGGGCAGUCGCCACGCCUCGAGCUCGCGCGUCAACUCGCGGGCUAACUCGAGGGCCAACUCGCGGGCCAAUUCCCGGGUCAACUCCCGGGCUAACUCCCGCCGUGGCAGUCUGGCCGAGUCCGAAGAGUAGUUCUUUUUUUUCUGGUGUUUUUGUUUUUUUGUAGAAGAGUCUACAGUUUAAUGCUACUCCAGUGUCUGGGGUACGUACAGGCGAAACCCGCCGGGGAUCUGCUCUUCUGAGCUAUUUGUCAUGUCUCACGUCGAUUGACGGCCACCAUCUCUGCUCCAGCGUUGAAGCUGGCAAUGAUACCUCAUCUUGCAUUUCCAUUCUUCGCUCUGUCCUUGCUCUAUUCGCGUUGCAUGACCAAAAAAGUCAUACUGUAUCAGCUAGACCUGUAUGUUUAGUUUAGGGUUGGAGUUGCGAUAGAAGCUAGCAUGAAUUGACGGAUUGAACAAACUCGCUGGUAUUCGUUUGCGGUAUCUAAGUUAGUCCUGUCGUAGUUUCCGACAUCGUAGCCACUUUCGUCGGCAUCGCUU